AUGGGCCAAGCUCAUGCCAAAUCGGCAGUUCAGAUCAUCGACAAAAGGAAGAAGGAAGCACAGAGGGAAGACGAUACAUCGGAAGGCUUGUCGCUCGUCACCUCAAGGGCUGCAGAGCGAAGCGGCAGGCUAAACAUCACUGGCCGGUAUCAUCGACCACCGAAGACGUUUGAAGACGAUUACGGUAGCUUGGACAAGGUCCUCGGCACAGGCUACAACGGAGAGGUGAAGCUGGCAAAGUGCAUACACACUGGUGAGAAGUUUGCAGUGAAGGCGUUCAAACUGCGUGGCGUUAGCAAGGACAAACGAAAGGAGCUGGAGAGUGAAGCCGAAAUCUUCCUUGCCAUGGACCACCCGCACGUGGCCUCUCUAGUGGACGUUUACGAGUCCGACGAGCAGCUUUUCUUAGUCAUGGAGUGCAUGCAAGGCGGCGAGCUUUUUGACCGUGUGGUCGAACGUAAGCGUUUCUCAGAAAAAGAUGCGGCAAAUGCUGUGUACCAGAUGCUGUUGGCGGUGAAUUACAUUCACAGCCAUGACAUUGUACAUCGCGACAUAAAGUUGGAGAAUUUUCUCUACGAGGCCAAAGACUCGGAUCACUUGAAGCUGAUUGACUUCGGAUUCAGCAAGAUAUGGCAGCCGAACACGACUAUGGCCGUCAGUUGUGGGACGUUGGCAUACGUUGCGCCUGAGGUGCUGGACAAGUCCUACACAUCGCAAUGCGACCUUUGGAGCCUCGGCGUUGUGUCCUUCGUCCUCCUUUUCGGCUACAUGCCUUUCUCUGGAGCAGAAGCCAAGCAGAUUCGGGACAUCAAGGACGGCCACUUCUCGAAGAAGCAGGCGAUAUGGAACAAGGUGUCUGCAGAAGCAAAGGACUUUGUUCAGAAGCUUUUGGUUGUCGAUCCCGAGUUCCGCUUGACGGCUGCUAAGGCACUGAAUCAUCGCUGGCUUCAGACGCGUGAGCAAAGAGACAGCCUGAUCGACCAAGCAAUGAUCGAAGACCUUUGCAAUUUUGCCAAAGUGUCUGUUUUCCGCAGGGCUUGCUUGGGCGUGAUGGCUUGGUCACUCAGCGUGGAAGAGCGCAGCAAGGUCCGGGAUGCCUUCUUGGCGAUCGACAAAGACAGAAGUGGCACCAUCACAAUCAAUGAGUUCAAGAUGGCAGUGGAGCAGAACAUCAAGAUGGACGAUGCAACUCUGGAGAAUGCUUUCAAAGCCUUGGAUGCAAACCACAAGGACGAGGUCAACUACCGUGAGUUCCUCGCCGCAAUGGUGUCUUCAAGGAUAGCACUUCACGACGACCUUCUAAAGGUGGCCUUCCGUCGCUUUGACACUGACAACUCCGGUUUCAUCACUGUAGACAACCUCAAGGAGGUGCUGGGUGAAACCUUUGAAGGCAACGAGGUGCAGACGCUGUUGGACGAGGCUGAUCUCAAGCAUGACGGAAGAAUCUCCUAUGAGGAGUGGAUCGAAUAUCUUAGAGGCGGCUACGGAGAUGUGAAGCAGCAUCAUGCGGAUGCUGCUGCUCGGGUGAUUGAUUCGCACAUUGACAAAGAGGAGAAUGGUGUUCGGAAGCGCAGCAAACCGCUUGCUAUCAGAACAAGCGUGGGCCAGUCUCCCAUCCUCAACGGGCAGCCUGUAUCCAGGAACGGCCUGGUGGAAGAGGACAUCAACGUCUCUUCCCACGUGGAAGUGCCGUGCACGCAGGAGGAGUUGGACCAAGUGCGCGUGGAACACCAUGUUUGCUGUUCUGAUGGGUGCCGUAUCCAGUGA